AUCCAAUGCGACAACCGAUAUUGCAAGUUCAGCUCUACACACCCAAGCACUUGCGUUCCGCCAGGCUGUAUGAACUCCUGCUGGCAAUACCGCCAAUUUCCGCAGCAAUAUAACCCAAGGAUCGACGCCAUCUGUCCCCGAUGUAUACAGGCGGGAAGGAUACCAUAA